AUGGUUAAGCGUGUCGCCGUGCUCUCGGAUGUGUCCGUUAAUGCCAAGGUAACCGAUACCGCCGAAAGAGCAACCCAGAGGGUAUUAAAAAAAACUGAACCAUCAGGAGUGUACACCGAACAGCCAUUCUUCUUCUGUAAGCGGCGUUCUCAGGCCGCGAUAAAUGCCACCGAUGUUCUGGAUUGCGUGAAAGUACCACUUCUCUCAGAGAGCUUUGCGGUAACAAAUCCGGAUUUUCAGCAACAAAAUAGGGAACUGUUCGAUCUAGACAAUUGUAUAUGCGACCAAGUCAAUGAUCUUAAACAGUUUAGUGUUUUUAAUAAUGUAAAAAGUGUUUCCAUCGUAGGUAACCUAGCAUUUUCUUCGAAGUUGCAUCUGUCGAAGCUGUUAACUCAGUCAGGUAAUGUCAAAACCAGUACCCACUUUCGGGCAUAG